ACAAUCAUAUUAUGGCAGAUCUGAAAUCCGUUCUUUCCCAAGUGCUUUUGAGUAUCCUUAUAACUAUAUUGCUGCAAAGGCAAGUAAUUGAAUCUCAGGGUCAGCCGCAGAUGUGCUUGGCAUCACUUGGGAACCUGAACGUCUGCUCCCCAUUUGUGUUACCAGGAACAUCUAAUACGACUCCUACCACAGAGUGUUGUGCUGCCCUCCAAUCACUGGAUCAUGAGUGCAUCUGCAAUACUGUUCGUGUUGCUGCCCGCCUUCCUUCUCACUGCAACCUUCCUCCCGUCUCUUGUACUCGUCAUCACUAGUCAUUUUAGCAAAUUGAAUAUGUUCCAAAGAAGUGUUUGUUCAAGUAGUGGAGUGUUAGUUUCAACUUUCAAGAAAUAAUCAUAUGUUAGGAAAAUUAGGAUUUUUUGGUGGUGUGAUUUUUCUGUUAGUAUAGUCAAAUUCCUGGCAACACAUCGAUGUUUUUGUUGAUUUUUUCUGCUAUUUCUCUCAGGACUGAGAGGUAGUACUUGAUAUGUGAGUUCAGAAAAAAAAAAAAGGAA